ACAUGAUGGGUAUGUGAAAGGCUGCUUUUUGUACAGUGACUGAGAAAACUCUGCAACAUAAACUAAAGUGACAAAAGGUGGUUUCGAAGAGAUUAACAUUUUUGCUUACUCUCACCUUGCUGUUUACUCUGUUUUCAGACGGAUUUAGAAGUUGCUGGGGGAACAAUGGAACAUACUCUGUACAGGGAGUAUACGGAACGGGAGAACGAAGCAUGUCAUGAGCGCAACAAUAACUGCCUGAUGCUUCAUGGGAAGAGGGUUUCUUCUUUCUUUAAAGUAAUGAUUGCCAAAAGUGACUUACAAGUUCUGUUUUUUCCCCCAAAGUUUGCUGGAUCAGUUUCACACCUGACUGAUCAGGAAACUUAUCUGGAGGACUCAAGUGGACGGCGAUGGAGGGUCACAGUGUGUAACCAUAAUGGUUCACUUGCAAUCCAACAGGGAUGGCCUAAAUUUUCAUCAGAACAUGGUCUGAAUGUGGGCGACUUCUUGGUUUUCCACUAUAUGCAGGGUCAGCACUUUAUUGUUCAAAUAUUUGGAACAAGCGCUUGUGAAAAGAUCAAGCUCUGCAGUGACAUUGACAAAGGGAAAAAAAGAGCAAGGAGUUAUCCAGAAACAACUUCCCCGGUUAAGCGGCUUCAAACAACUGAUAUAAAUUCAGCCAAGAAAAAGAGAGAAACAUCUGCUGCAUCAGCUAUGUCGGUGGAUGAAUCAUUCUAUAUGAUUGAUAGAGAUGCUCAAUGUGAUCAAGGAGACGACAGGUUGUACUUGCACCUGUCAAGUUUUGAAAAGCCAGCAAGCGAACCUUUUGCAGAAGGAACUAGCAGUCAUUUAAAAGGUGAAAUUGGAAAUGCUAAUAAGGUUGAAACCAAUUUAAGAUCACAAACACAACCAAAUUCGGAUGUUGAGAUCAAUAAAUUAAAUUCAGAAGCACCGUUGCCAAAGUUUGAGGCUGGAAUCACGGGAACUCAUAUGGUUAGUAGAUCAGCAGAGGAUAUUUCACUGUUGGGUCCAAACAAUGAGAAAUCUAAACUAGCAUCUCAGUUUGCUAGGAAAGUAAGAGUAGUCAAGAAAGAAUUUGAGGAGACAGCAGCAGAGGCAUUUUGUCCUGUUAGACUGAUAAGUGGAGAAAAGGCGGCAAAUGGCGACAAAAAAGUCAUCAAAAGUGAGCCUGCUGAUUCAGGAGACACACCACCCCUUCAUGCAGUCAGCUAUGCAUGUCAGCUGGAGGUCGAGGGUCGGGAUUUUCAGAUAUUACCAGUAUCGUGGCGAAAACCUUUGAUGCUAACGAGAAAUCGUGGAUGGUGGGUUAUUUAUCUCCGAGGACCGGAUAAAAGAAUCUGGCCUACCGUUUAUCAUCGCAGACCAGGUUUUAAUGUUUUGACAAGUGGAUGGAAGCUAGUCACUGCUUUAUAUGGCCUGAAUCCUGGAGAUGAAUGUCUUUUUGAACUUGUAAGUCAGCAGAAAUGUAUAUUUGAUGUACGCAAACUCUGAAAGUCCAGAAGUAAGAUGCCAAAAGAAUUACUUGGAGCCGAUUACCUUGAGCUGAUACAAGAGGAAUGAAAAAGGAGCUAUGCCCAGAUUCUCAUUAAUGAUUUUUGUACAGCAUUAAACUGUUGCUUGGCUGGGUCUUAUAUUUUGUACAAUCAUUUUGAAGCUGCACUUUAUGCGCGACCGUUAUGCUACAACGCUUCACAAAUUAUCAUUUCAGACUGUUGCAAUACUUUGAGACAAGGGCUCGUUUGGCCAUGCAAUUUGGAUUUCAAAUCAGAAUUUCUAUGUUUGUUUAUGACA